CCUCACUGACGUGGCGCCCUCACACUUGCCCACAGCGGCGCCUUCAUAUACUGCACCAACUGGCAGCUGCCCGGGCUCAUCGUGCACAACUGGCCCCCUCAUGUGGCUCCCACUACCACUGCUGCUGGGCCUCCUCCAGCUCCAGCCCAUCCUGAGCUACCAAAUUGACUGGAACAAGCUGGAACGGAUCAACCGGGGGAAAGUUGAGUCCUGUGGCGGAUGACAGCUCAACAGGCUGAAAGAGGUGAAGGGCUUCGUCACAGAGGACCUCCCUCUUUAUCAUAACUUAGAGAUGAAACACAUUCCUGGUGCGGACCCUGAACUUGUUCUCAUUACAUCCCGAUACGAAGAACUUGAGCGAAUCCCACUCAGUGACAUGAAGAGAGAUGAAAUUAACCAGCUGCUGAAAGACCUGGGCUUUUAUAGGAAAAGCAGCCCUGAUGCUCCAGUCCCCGCUGAAUUCAAGAUGGCACCUGCAAGGGCAUCAGGGGACACAAAAGAAGACUUGUAGCAGCAGUCAGGAAUCAGAGACAUUCCCACAGAUUAGGCCCCAAACCCAUUAGUCAUUUUACAGUCUAUUCAAAAUGUACAAGGGCACAAUUGGAGAAUUGAAACAGAUAUCCAUGGCAACAUGCACUACCCUAAGGGCUAUUGCCUGCAUUGGUUUUUUAUUGCUGCUGCGAGUACUGUGGUUCAAAACACCCAAUACUUUCAAUGGAUCCCUUCUCAGUAGGAAGCACUCAUAGUUAUAGCCCUAAAAAUUGAUAAAAAAGUGCAGCUUUUCAGAUGAUUGUCAGUCUAACCCGUGCCUGAAUACACAAGAUAUUAAGGGGAAACACACAUUUGCAGCACCUUAAAGAUGUUUUGUUCUAAGGACUGCAAUGCAUCAUACAUACCAUUGAAAUCUCAGGGUAUUCCUCUACAGCCAUUGGGUGAAUCGUAUCCCCUCCUCCUCCUCCAUUGGUUGGAUUUUUACCAUGUGCCUUUCCCAGCCCAGGUUGGGCACCCUGGGAUGCUUCAUGUACUUGUUCAUAGUUGCUCCUUGUUGCUUUCAUCCAAAGGUCGCUCUUGUAUAAAACCAGCCAAAUACAGUACAUUUACCCCUAUGAUUUAUAGUCUAGGAAUUAGCAAAUUCAUUCACAACUUUUGAAAAAUGUAAAUGUAGAAUGACAUCUCCUGUGCUGUGCUGAUCUGCUUAGUCUCACAGAGCAUUCAUGAAGUUCUCAGUUUCAAAGUUUCCAGGCUGAGAACAGAAGCAAUUUGCCCUACGGACUAGGAAAGGUCAGAUACUUUUGCAACGGGAGAAUGUUCAAGCAUAAUAAAGAUUGUUUAAACCCUA